UCUCCUUUGGCUUGCCGUAUUGUUGUUAUUGAAAAGUGUUAUGGUGGCGUCUAGCACUAAGAAUGCGCAUUUUACCAACAGAAACCCGCUUGAAUCUCUUAAUUUCGAUGGUGUGAUUCGUUUUGGUCUUUUCCAGCGAUCGCAACUGCCUGGCACAACACAACGGGCGCAUCAAACAGUUUUAGCGUCGUUUAAUAACGCUGCAGCGUGUAUGUACAGCAGCUGUAAGUGUAUCUCCUCCGUGUCAUCAUGAGUGACACACAGCGCGAUGAUGAGCUGCGGCCGGUUCCUAAAGAGCGAGCCGUGCUCGAGAGUUUCUUUACUCAGCUCGGGAUGUUCUGGUUCGACAGGGCGAAGGAUUAUGUGGAGAAGGAGAAGGACGCGAGUAAGAGCGCGGGGGCCACCUGGACGUCUCUGCUGGCCGCUCUCGCGCACCUCGCCGCCGCGGAGAAAGCCUACCACAACAUGACUUUCCUCGGGCAGAAACUAGGUGGUCAGUCAUUUUUCAUCCGCAAGGAUUCCAUCAGAACCAUCUAUACAUCCCUGAACAACGAACUGAGGAAGGUGGUCUCCAUGGGCCGCCACACAUCCGGAGGCUCCACUCCCAACCUGGAGGAUCUCCUGCCCCAUUUGUCCGAGCAGCUGUGUCAUUUCACGCAGGCCAGGAUGGAGAUCGCAGACUUCUACGAGAAGAUGCAUUCUCUGGGCAGCCAGAAGACUGUGAACUCUGAAGAGCUCGUGAGCACUCUGGAGAGCAUUCUGCAGAAGUACAGCUCCAGAUUCCACCAUCCGAUCCUGAGCCGUCUCGAGAGCAGCUUCCAGGUGGAGGUGGACGUGUUGACGCAGCUGCUGCGAUGCCAGGCGCAGAUCUCCGAGUGGCAUUUCCUGCCGUCUCUGCUCAACCUGCACGGCGCCCAUUCCAAACUUCAGGCGUGGGGUCAGGUGUUCGAACGGCAACGAGAAACCAGGAAACACCUCUUCGGAGGCCAAUCCCAGAAGGCCGUGCAGCCACCACACCUCUACCUGUGGUUCCAGCGCCUUCAAGCGACACUCCUAGCCAAGUUCAGCUUCUACUUCCACGAGGCUCUGAGCCGCCAAACGUCGCAGUCCGAAAUGAAAACCCUGACGGCUCGGACCUCCCUAGAUUACUUCGGCAAGAUCUCGGGCUUCAUUCGCAAGCACGACGCUUCCAACGUCUCCUUGGUCUUCGACAACCGUGGCUCAGAGAGCUUCCAGGGUCAUGGAUACCAUCAUCCGCACUCCUACCGUGAAGCUCCCAAAGGCGUGGACCAGUUUCCGGCUGUCGUGUCUCUUCCCGGCGGAGAAAGGCCAGUCACACAUUGGCCCAAUGUCAUCAUGAUCAUGAGCGACCGCUCCACGGAACUCAACGCUCUGGAUAAGGUGGUCCACUUUUAUGACGAUAAAGUCCAGAGCACCUACUUCCUCACACGGCCUGAACCGCACUUCACCGUAGUGGUGAUCUUCGACGGGAGGAAGUCAGAGAGGGACUCGAACAUCGUGCCAUUCCUGCAGGAGCUGACGGGAUCCCUGAGGAACACCAAACCCUUCACCACACUCAAACCAGGCUCCAAGGGCUGAACUACUACUUAAUUAUCAAUAUAGACUCAUUUCACCCUAAAUGUAGUUUAUUUUAAAAGGAUGUUUACCUCGAUAUCAGUUGCUGACGCUCUUUUAUUUACUGCGCUGCUGAAAUUCUUGAUGAAUGUAAUCGGUUUUAUCCUUUUCCCUUGGAAAUGACUAUUAAAGAGGUCCAAAAGCUUCAUGAUUCAAACACUUUCAGACCAAAGACGAAUAUCACAGCUGUGGCUGCUUUGUCUCGUUU